AUGAAUCCUAUCAUUCCACCCUUCUUCUUUCCAUUUGGGAAACCUAUUUCACACGUUGAACAAGAACAAAGACAACGUAAAAUAAUAGCUAUUGUCAAACAUUUAUAUGGCUAUCGUACUUUUAUGACCGAACCUCAUUUUGUUGCUGUCACUAAAACAUGUGGUUUACCUCGUUAUAUGAAUAUUGCUUUAUUUCGAAGGAUGAUCAUGAUGUCUUCACCUCAAGUCAAUCGAAUCAGUUUACCUCAGUUUAUUAGUUCUUGGAUGGAAUUAUCCAAAGAUAAAUAUGAUGAUGAAGCUUUAUUUUUCUCCAUUUUGAAAAAAUCAUGUCAAGAUCAAUCUAAUAUGACAGAAUAUCUUACACCAGAGGAUUUUUUACCAGUAUUAGAAGAUGUUGUAAUGAACCAUCCUGGAUUACAAUUUUUAACUGAUAAUACUAUGUUUCAAGAACGUUAUAUUGAAACAGUGAUUUGUCGAUUAUUUUAUGAUGCAGGAAGUUCUAAUGGUAGAAUGACAUUAAAACAAUUUCGAAAAAGUCAUUUUACAGAAUCUGUUAAAACAUUAGGAUGUAAUAAUGAACUUAAUAAUAAUUUUGAUUGUUUUUCAUAUAAACAUUUUUAUGUGAUAUAUUGUAAAUUUUGGACAUUGGAUCAAGAUCAUGAUUUAAUUAUACAUGAUUUAGAUUUGAUGAAUUAUAAUGAUGGUUGUCUUUCUCCUCGUAUUGUUCAUCGGAUUAUGCAAAUGGGUCAUCUCGCUCCUUUCUCUCGAGAAACUCCGUCUAAUACCCUUUCUUUUCUUGAUUUUAUAUGGUUUUUGUUAAAUGAAGUAGAUAAAACUACACCAAAAUCAAUUGAAUAUUGGUUUCGUUGUAUGGAUGAAAAUGGUGAUGGUAUUCUUACUAUAGACGAACUUGAACCUUAUUGGAAUGAACAAAUGUCAAGACAAAUCAAUAAUAAAACUGAAGAUAAUGAAGAAGACUUGAUUCGAUUUGAAGAUAUUUUAUGUCAAAUGAACGAUCUCAUUCAACCUCGUCAACCUGGUCAAUUUAGACUUCAAGAUCUCAAACGCAAUGGAUAUCUUGCUGAACGUUUUUUUGAUACUUUUAUUCAUUUUGAUAAGUUUCAAAUGCAUGAAUCUUAUCAAGGUUGUAUACGGGCCAAAAUACAACAAGAACGCUUGAAACUAAAAUCUUUAGUUUCCUCUUUUUAUGAUUCUUCUUCUAUGGUUUCUUUAAAUGGUGAUAUUGGAUGGUUGGAUGAUACGAAUUAUGGUUAUUUUGUCUUUAGUGAUUGGUCUGAUUAUGCUGAAGCCGAAUUUCAACAAUUAUUAGUGACUGAACAUCAUGAUAUACUGGAAGAUAUGCAACAACCAGAAGAAGAAGAGGAAGAAGAUGAGGAAGAAGAAGAAGAGGAAGAAUGUGAAGACGGCAAUCAUUUUGUUUAUAAUCAACAUUUUGGUCAACAUCAACUUGUUCAACCUUUCUUGGGCAAUACUUUGGAUAAUCAACAACAUUUUACUCAUCAGGUAAAAACAGAACCAACAAUGGAUUAUGGAGAUAUCAUCAUUCAACACAAUAACAUGAUCAAUCAACCCAAAUGCAAUAACGAAGGUACCUAUUUUAUGAUGAAUGAGCAAAUACAUCAUACAAAGAAAAAUAACCAACAACUACGGACGGGUGGUACCUUACAUCACGAAGAUGAUCAAGAUACUCUCUCAGAAAAUGAUAAUUUGCCCACGCAUGAAAACGAUGAAGAAGAAUCUGAUAGCGCUCCAUCUACUCCUACUUCUGCAAGUAGAGAAUCACCCACCAUUCUCUUGUCAGACACUCACCCGCAGUCAACACAAACAGUAUCAGUCACAACCAUCAGGAAAGAAAUACCAAUAAAAUCAUCAUCGUCAUCAUCAUCAACAUCAUCCUCCUCGUCAUCAUCAUCAUCCUCAUCGUCAUCAUCCACUGAUUGGCAUCUACAACAACAACAACAGCAGCAGCAGUAUGAUCAUCUUUUGAUAUCUGGAGAUAAAGCAAACAACAAUAAAGAUAUCACCUCUGUCAACGAUGAACAGGAUAUUCAAGAUAUGUCGAAAGUCGAAUGGACAUGGUGGUUAGCAAGUCAAAGAUUGGGCAAUACAAUGGAUCAACUCUAGUAGUGAUAGAAUUAUUCCCCUCUUCUUUAUUUCUAUUAUUAUUAGUAUUAUUACAGUAUUAUUAUUAUAUCAUUAUUAUCAUAGUAUUAUUACUAUUAUUAUUUGUCAAUUGUGUAAGAUUCUGGAAAAGAGAUAACAUCCU